GAAGGCUGGGUGUGCCAAUACUUUGGUCCAAAGGGCCCUAGACCAGGAGCGUGCUAUUUUUCUGGCUUAACUCUUUUGGGCCUCUGUUUCCACCUCUGAAAAAUGGGAACGGUGCCACCGAAUAGAGGGCAACGUUGUGGGGAUUUCGCCCAGGUGAAAUAGCCAGUCAUGAAGUGGGUGCCCCACGGGCGUUUGUGGACCCGAAGAGGGCUUGAUUGGGAAGGUUCUCGAGUGUGGGCGCGAGGACGCAGUGACGAGGUCUGGCCUUCCAGGCACGCGGCUCCCCCAGACCCCCAGUUCUGCAGCCGCUGCGGCCUCCUCGGCCCCGGACCGCCGAGGGUUAAUGAAAAAGCCCCACGCCCCCUUUGACGGCGCAGAGCCCACCUCGCCGAAUUUGAAAAGGCGGCCCCGGAGAGGCGUGGGCGCCCCCCAGAAACUCCCAACUCGUACCCGGGCUCUGCUCGCUCGCCGGCUCGCUCGCUCUGCUCCCGGCGGGGGCCGCGGGUUCGGUCCGGCCUGUCCUGCCGCCCGGGCUCCGGGUCCCCGCGGGCGGCCGCGCAAGAUGAAGCUGGCUCUCCUCCUGCCCUGGGCGUGCUGCUGCCUCUGCGGGUCGGCGCUGGCCACCGGCUUCCUGUACCCCUUCCCGGCCGCAGCCCUGCAGCAGCACGGCUACCCCGAGCCGGGCGCCGGCUCCCCGGGCAGCGGCUACGGGAGCCGCCGACACUGGUGCCAUCACACAGUGACGCGGACGGUGUCCUGCCAGGUGCAGAACGGCUCGGAGACAGUGGUCCAGCGCGUGUACCAGAGCUGCCGGUGGCCUGGGCCCUGUGCCAACCUUGUGAGUUACAGGACUCUGAUCAGACCCACAUACCGAGUGUCCUACCGCACGGUGACGGCACUGGAGUGGAGGUGCUGCCCAGGCUUUACCGGGAGCAACUGUGAUGAGGAAUGCAUGAACUGUACCCGGCUCAGCGACAUGAGUGAGCGACUAACCACGCUGGAGGCCAAGGUUCUGCUGCUGGAGGCAGCGGAGCAGCCCGCAGGCCCGGGCAAUGACCUGCCGGCCCCCCAGAGCACCCCACCACCCUGGAACGAGGACUUCCUCCCUGACGCCAUCCCCCUCGCCCACCCAGGGCCCGGAAGGAGAAGGCCCACAGGCCCUGCCGGGCCCCCGGGGCAGACGGGACCGCCAGGGCCGGCAGGUCCCCCAGGCUCCAAAGGAGACCGGGGCCAGGCAGGAGAGAAGGGCCCAGCGGGGCCUCCUGGCCUCUUGGGGCCACCAGGGCCCCGUGGGCUUCCUGGAGAGAUGGGGCGCCCUGGCCCCCCCGGCCCCCCCGGCCCAGCAGGCAGCCCGGGCUUCCCUCCGAACGGCCCCCAGGGUGUCCUCUACUCCCUGCAGCCGCCGACGGGCAAGGACGACAGAGACGUACAGCUGGCCUCUGGGACCGUAGACACGGUGCUGGCCGGUGUCCCAGGGCCCCGGGGCCCCCCCGGCCCUCCAGGUCCUCCUGGACCACACGGUCCCCCAGGACCCCCAGGUGUGCCUGGAACCCAGGGCCUGGCGGGAGAGCGGGGCAUGAUGGGACCGGCUGGCGAGCCUGGCGGGAAGGGGCAAGAAGAGGAGAAGGCUGCCGCAGAGGGUGAGGGGGUGCAGCAGCUGCGGGAGGCUCUGAAGAUCCUGGCGGAGAGGGUUCUCAUCCUGGAGCACAUGAUUGGGAUCCACGAUCCCCUGGCCUCCCCCGAGGGGGGCUCCGGCCACGACGCUGCGCUGCGAGCCAACCUCAAGAUGAAGCGUGGGGGCUCCCCACCACCCGACGGCGCCCUCGCCGCCCUGCUCGGCCCCGACCCCGGGCAGAGGAGCGCUGGCCGGGCCAGCGGUGGCAAGUAGGAGGCCAGCUCUCCAGGACAAGCCCCAGCCCUGCCAGCUCCCAGGCCCGUGUGGCGCCCAAAUCGUGAGGACGCCGCUUAGUGAGACUGGGAUCCAGGCACUGACGGUCCUGAGGGACGCCGGCUCCUGGGGCCUCGGGGCCUUGGGGACAGAUGGCAACUCCGGAGGCAGGAUCCAGAGGGCCUGGCACCCUUCGUGGGGCCCUGUCCUGGUCCCUGCCCUCCCCCACCCUCAGUUUCUGCAGGAGACGGGCUCUGGGUGGGCUGGGCGGGGCACGAGAAUAAUCAUAAUACUCCUCAUUUACUGAGUCUGGGCCUGUCCAAGGGGCUUUCCUUACAUUGUCUCAUUUAACCCUUAGGAGGUAGGCUUGUUACCCCACUUUCCACGGGAGGACAGAGGCUCGGCCAGUGUAAAUAACGUGCCAAGGCCACGGGACCAGUGACGGCUGGGGCAGGAUUUGAACCCAGGCCUCUCGGUUCUUUCACUCUGGACCCUGCCAGCUUCCUGUCUUCACAGAGAAACUCAGGGCAGGCGCGGGGCUAUGGGGAGGCCGGACCGGGCAGCAGGGAAGGAAGUCAGGGUCCUGAGCCUCUUUCCUCCACCUCCCCGUCCCCGGGCUUGGGGUCUGCUCCGGGGUCUGGCGGCAGCCUAGCCGGCAGCUGCUCUCAGAGGCCAGGGGGACCCUGAAUAAGCCCAUGACGGUCGCAGGGACUUGGAGACAGUGAGAGAGGAGCACUGGGGGUGCAGGGGCCUUCAGACCAAACUGGCAAUCGCCCACCACUGCCUCCCAGUCUCUCUGGACCCGCCCAGCCCCGCCCAGCAGGGCCCUCCUGCCCCUGUGAACCCAGAGGAGGGAGUAUUCCUGGGGAAGUCCAUCUGAAGAGACCAUCACUUGCAGCCUGCUCUCUCCGGGAAGCUGUAGGGCUGGCCAUUGACAAUCUAGAGAAAGGAGAGACACUGUCCCCCAGGGCUGCGGGCCCGGGACCGCAGAGCAAUCAGACCACAGCCCUUAAGGCCUCUCGGGUCCUGGGUCCCCUGUGACCUGGGCCAGCCCUGGUGCUCCUCUCUUGCUGGGCCAGGAACCAAAUAUCGCGGUGCCACCCCAGGGCCUGUGUCCCCUUGGGACAUGAGUCAUCUGUUCCCAGCGUCCUUGGUGCUCCCUGGAGGUUGUGGCCUGGUCCCACCAGGCCCUGGUAACCUCCUCCAGCCCUCAAGGCCCCCGAUGGCCCCACACGAGGCAAAACUGGCCUGGGGGCCAAGGAGUGGCAGUCAGAGGCAGCGGGAAGUCUGUAACACUCUGACAAUAAAGGUGCUUUCCCCACUGGG